GGGAGGAGGGAGAGAGAGCUCUGACUAAAAUCAGACAGGGGGGAAAGGAGGAGCGUCUGGCAGAUGGACAGAAGUUUGAAAUACUUGAGCCUUAAGUUUGGAUCAUUUUCACUGCAACAAGGAGGAACAUCUCUGUUCAACUAAUUCACAGCUUCACAAAGUGCUGUCCACAGACUGAGACUGUGGGACGUAAUCAGCAACACUGACAGCUGAGAAGAAGCAGCAGGAAGACAACAAAUCACCACGAACGAGAUAAAGAGGAACCAGCCACAACUCUUCCAAGUUUGAAAUCUGGCUAUAGAGUAAUUGAACAGUGUGCAGCUCCUGGGCAUCUACAGAAGUGAGAACGACCAACAGCAACCUGGAGGUGAAACCGCAAGAGACCCAUCAAGCCCAACAGCACAAUUUCACCAUGAGUAUGACUGGUACUCUGGAGAAAGGAGCACACCAUCAAACCUUGGACCUGUCUGAAGAACUGCCCCCUCACCAUCAAAACAACCACCCCCACCUGCACCACUCCAAUUCUCUGGCCUCCACCACAGCUGUGGGCGGAGGCAGAGAGACACCUUCGCGUGUGGUUGUACCUCCUCCCUACUGUGCAGCUGAAAAUGGCGGCGGGAGCAGCGACACUCCGCUGGAGCUGCGGGGGUCCCUGGACUGCUGGGCCUGCUCGGUGUUGGUGACAGCUCAGAACCUGGUGAUUGCCGCAAUCAACGCUGGCCUUGCUGCGCUGGUUUUUGGGACCAUUCUGACGCCGGCCACUGUCAUGGUGGUGUUUGGCUUCCUCUGCCACUCUACAGUACGCCCUCACGGGACAACGCCUUACUGCUCAGACCUGUUGACUGACGGAGGAUGUGUGGCUCUGCUGGUGGUGGGCUUCCUCUUGGUCACCCCUCUGCUGGUCCUGGCACUGGCUGCCUACUGCCGCCUGGCCCGACAUCUCCAGUUAGGCCUGUGUUUCAUCCCAUACAGCCGAGCCGUGUACAAAAACCUGCCUGCCAGCCAGCACCGCGGACUUGGUACUGGCUGUUGUGGUGGACAAGACGGGGGUGAUGGCAGUGGGAAAGGAAAGGUCUGGGUUUAAAAUAGAGUUUAGGGUGAGGGUGACCUUUAGACUCACUUGCACAUUUCUAUAGCAAAUUAGCAAAAACGCUGUAUUUCUCUACAACUGAGUACAAUCAUGUUGGUUCCAAACACACAACUUUAAGAUCUCAAGGUCAAUCAAGAUGAAAUGCCAUUUUACCAUAUUCAUAUUCCUGUUUGUAUAUUUAAUCAAUCCUUUAAAUAUGGCCAAUAUAUAUGUAUUAAGCCCACAUUUUGACAUUGGCCUGUGAUGAUGAAUUUUA